CCGCCUUUGGUCGCCGUGCGCCGCUGGUCGCCGCGGGCGGUUCGUCGCUGUCUCCGCCGCGCCGGUCGUGUUCGUCGGGCCGUUCGUCGCCGUCGACACUGGUGUUUGUCCUUGAGUUUAUCAGCGGCGCCGGCGGUGGGGGACCGGAGAGCGAUCGGGAGCGUGUCGCGCUGGGUCGGGGGCGUGGGGCGCUGGCCCGGAGACCGCGAGCUCCUCGGUGUGGUGGUGUGGUACUCGCGGAGUGUCGGCGGUGGGCUGUGAGGACCUCGGCUGCCAGACGUCCGAGCCAUGGCCGCUAACGGCGGUCCGCAGUUUCCUGGGGGCGGCGACCCUGACAGCGAGAUCCAGGAGCUGCAGGGGUACCGCAGUGACCGGACCCGGCUGGCGCUGACCAGCCUGCUGACUCUGCUCACCGGCGGCCUCCUGCUGAUCCCCCUCUCCUGGAAACCGGCCAUCCAGCUGCGCCUCACCAAACGGCCCUGCACGCUCGCCGAGGCCGACUCCGUGCUGAUCACGGAUGGCUAUGGACAAACAUUCCAUGAAAACAUCACAAAGGAGCGGGAAGACGCAGCUGGCAUUACUACCCCCAGACAUUUCAUCAACAAGCGAGUGAAGUACGUCUGGGACAGCGGUGCGCAGUACUUCGUCAGACUGAGUUUUCUGCAGCCCGAUACGCUAUGUUCGGAGUUAUGCACCGACCUCGACACGGGUCUCAGCCGCGAGGAAUACCUGCGUCGAUCUCGUCUGUUCGGCGAAAACUAUAUAAAAAUAAAGGCCCCGUCAAUACCCCGUCUUAUCUACGAACAGGGCGUGAACCCGUUCUACAUUAUGCAGCUGUACUCGCUGCUGCUGUGGCUGUUCAGCGGCUACUGGGAGUUUGCCAUCGCCCUAAUGGUGACCGCUUCACUGUCCAUCAGUCUCACCGUCUGGGAGUCCCGACGGCAAACUCUGGCCCUGCGCAAGCACAUCAAGUCCCACAUGAAGGUGGUGACAAUGCGAAACGGAGAAGCGCUGGAGAUGUCGUCCCGCGACCUGGUGCCCGGCGAGGUGCUCCAACUGCCCGCCGACUGUCCGUUCUCGCUCGACUGCGACGUGGUCCUGCUGCGCGGCACCUGUGUCGUGGACGAGUCCACCCUGACCGGCGAGAGUCACCCGCUCUAUAAGGUACCGUUGCCGCCGGACGACAAGCCGUUCGAUCUGGAUCAGAGCAGCCAGCACACGGUACUCAGCGGCACCACGGUCCUGCAGACAAAGGCCUCCGAGCACCCGCUGGCCGUGGUCAUUCGCACCGGUUUCGAUACACAGAAAGGAGCCCUGGUUCGCUCUGUAUUGUUUCCCAAGCCAGUGGACUUUCAGUUUUACGCCGACUUUACGAAGUACGUUCUCGGCUGUCUGGUGCUGGGAAUAGUGGCGGCCUGUUACUCGGCCUACGCCUGGACCGUCAACAAUGCGCCGGUGGCCACGGUGGUGCUAUUCAGCCUGGACAUGAUCACGUUCGUGGUGCCGGCCAUGCUGCCCAUCAACCUGUCGGCGCUGUACGCCUUCUCGCGGCGCCGCCUGAGACGCUCCGGCAUCUACUGCCUCUGCUCCAAGUACAUCCUCCUCUGCGGCGGCCUGGACGUCUUCUGCUUCGACAAGACGGGCACGCUGACAGAAUCCGAGCUGGGUUUCGGCGCGCUGGUGCCCUCCGAGUCGUCGCAGCCGGCGGACGGGGCCGCGCAGGGGCCGGCGCGCUUCACGGAGGCACUCACAGAGCUGGCAGAGGUCGGCUGCGACGACCUGCGGCUGGUGGUGCUGGCCGCCUGCCACGGACUGACCGUCAUCGACGGACGGCCGCACGGCGACCCGCUCGACCUGCCACUCUUCCAAGCGGUGAGUUGGGAACUUCACGAGCAGGAGGCCACCUCAGACUCCGACUUCCCGGACGCGCCCGUCACCAGAUUCGUACGGCCGGUGGAGGCCGGCGUCCGUGGCGCCACCUAUGAUCACGAUGUCGCCAUCUAUAAGCAGUUUCCGUUCACGGCCGCCAGUCGGCGCUGCACGGUGGUGGCGCGCCGCCGGUUCGGCGCCGGUCUGGAUGUCUAUGUGAAGGGCGCGCCCGAGGUGCUGGCGCGCCUAUGUGACCCGGCCACGGUGCCGGAGCGGUUCCAAGACGUGCUCGACUGGUACACGAGCCAGGGUCUGCGCGCAGUGGCGCUGGCCUGCCGACCGCUGUCGCCGAAGCUGGAGCUCAGUCAGGUGGAGCAGCUGGAGCAGGAGCAGCUGGAGGAGGGCGCUCAGUUUCUCGGCCUGGCCGUGCUGCAGAACGCCGUGCGCGCCUCGACGUACGCGCCGCUGGAGCAGCUGCACGCCGUCGGAAUCACGCCCGUGAUGAUCACAGGGGACAACCUGCUGACGGCGGUGAACGUGGCGCGCGCGUCGGGCCUAGUGCAGCGGGCGCAGACGAUCCUGCGCGUCUCCGUCGAGCUGGUGCCCUCCUCGGUGAAGGCGGCUCAGCACUUGCGCAUCACCUACAGCAGUCCGGAGACGGAGCGCACCCAAACCUACCUGAAGGGGAAGCAGCGGCUGGUGCACAGUGACAACUACGUGUUCGCCGUGGACGGCGCCUCGUUCGGCCUGCUCUGGAGCCUGGACCGGCGCACGCUGCGUACCAUCGUGCACCGGUGCCGGGUGUUUGGCCGCGUCACGCCGCAGCAGAAGGUCCAGGUGGUCGAGAUGCUGCAGGAGCUCGGCCGCCAGGUGGGUAUGUGCGGGGACGGGUGUAACGACUGCGGCGCGCUGCGUACCGCCCACGCGGGCCUGUCGCUGUCGCCGGCCGAGCCGUCGGCGGCCGCUCCGUUCACCUCCCACUCGGGCUCAGUGGGCAGCGCGCCCGAGCUGGUGCGCGAGGGACGCGCCGCACUGGUCGCCUCGUUCGCGCUCUUCAAGAACGUCUUCUCCACGGGCCUGGUGGUGAUGUUCCUGGCGCUUACCCUGUACACGGCCGGCUGCGAGCCGCUCUCGCCGCACUACAUCAUCAUGGUGAUCGUGAUCGGGAUGCCGGCGCCGUUCGUGCUGAGCUACGCGGCGCCGGCGGGCCGGCUGUGCCGCCGCCGGCCGCCGUCCCAGCUCACCGAGCCCGUCCAGGUGGUCAGCUCGCUCAGCUUCGUGCUGCUGCAGUGCGUUACCCUGCUGGGCGUCUACCACUACACGGCCGCCCAGCCCUGGUUCCGGCCGGCCUCGGUCACCACCACGCCCAUCACCACCUUCUACACGCUGAACAAGCUGCAGCCCACCUACGAGGCGUCGGCGCUGUUCGUCGCCAUGAACCUGGUGCUGAUCGGCUCGUGGGUCACCUUCUCCCCGGGCGGCCCGUACCGGAGGCCGUUCUACACCAACCGCCCGCUGCUGGUUCUGAUCGCCCUGGCACUGGUGACGUGCGGCUUCGUCAUGUUCUACCGCGGCGCCGCGUGGACCAGCUUCUUGCAGAUGAUGUACGCGCCGUACGCCGAGUACUACCUGGUGGUGGCUGCCUUCGUCACCUUCAUGGGGCUGCUGUCCUACAUCUGGGAGGCGUACGUGAUCCAGGGAUACCCGGGCAUUAAGGCGGCAGAAAUGCUGCACCGCCUCCGCCGCCACAAGCCGCCGUUCGAGGUGAUCGAGGAGGAACUGAAACGGAAGAAGAACUGGCCGCCUCUGAAGCAAAGCGAGGACAUCGCAGUGGACGAUCCCUGCACAGUGGCUGUGGAGGCGCCGUCGGCCCCCGAGAAGACGACUGGCGGCGGCGUCAGCACGACGGCGGAGGAGAUUUACGCCAGCGGCAUCCUGAAGAAGCCGUCGUUCCGGCUGGCCAGCCCGUGGAGGGCCGAGUCGGCGGCGGCGGCGGCCGGCCACAGCGGCUCCGAGCCCGCCAGCGACUCGUUCGGCACGUUCCGGCCGGGCAGCCGGCCGGCGCCGCCGUCCAGCACCGUCUCACACCGGCACAGCAUCAUCCUGGAGGAGGUGCCCAUGGUGCUGCCGCCCGCGCAGCCGGACAACGCCGACUCCGAGUGCUGAGCACACUCCGAGUGCGGAACCAUGAGUGCCGAGUCCUGAGUGGCGAGCUUUCUCGAAUGCCAAACAGCUCACGUGAGACAAACGGCGCAGCCCGCGAUGAGCUAAAACUCGUCAUAGUUCAAUCGUACAUAGGUGCCUUAUUAUGCUCGCCAACUUGUCGCUGCGCUCGCUGCGGCGUUAUUUUUAUCUUUUUAUCAAACUGAACGAAAAUGUACGGAUUGGAGCAUACUUUAUGCAUGCGUGGGAUAACCUUCACCGAAAGAUUUCAAGUGAUGACGUCUUUGGUUUGGUUCAGGAGGUAAUUUUCGGAGCUGCAUGCUCUCCUAACUCUCUUAGCCAGACCUGAAGCGAUAGCCUUCUUAAAGUGAUGGUCUGAAAUCUAAUGAAAGUGAGCUUAUGAGAAAGAAUUGUGUGUUGUGUGUAGAAUGAUGGUGCAAGCAGUUUCUUUUGUCUUUAAUCACAUAUGCAUUAAAAAUAUAUUUCCUUUGGUGAUAAUCUUAUUUCUU